AUGAGGAGAAGGUCGAGGAGGACGAUGAGGAAGAUGACAACUAGGAGGAUGAGGACGAUGAGGAGGAUGAAAAGGAGAAUGACGAUGAGGAGGACAAUGAGGAAGAUGACAACGAGGAGGAUGAGGACAAGUCAGGAGGAGGAGGAUGAUGACAAAGAGGAGGAAGAUGACAAUGAGGUCAAGGAGGAGGAUGAUGAGAAGGUCGAGGAGGAGGACGCUGACAAAGACGAUGAGGAAGAGGUGGAUGAGGAGGAGGACAACGAGGAGGAGGAGGUUGGCAAGGAGGACCAGGAAGAGGAGGAGGAGCACGAUGACGACGACGAGGAGGACAACGAGGAGGAUGAGGAGGAGGACGAUGACGUCGAGGAGGAGGAUGACGAUGAGGAGGAGGUCGAGAAGGAGGACGAUGACAAGGAGGAGGAGGAAGAUGACAAUGAAGAGGAGGUGGAUGAGGUUGACGAGGAGGACAAGGAAGAGGAGGACGAUGAGGAGGAGGACGACGAUGACAAGGAGGAGGAGGACAACGGUGAUGAGGAGGAAGAUGAUGAUGAGGAGGAGGACAAUGAGGAGGAGGAGGAGGAUGAGGAGGACGAUUACAAGGAGGAUGAUGAGGAGAAGGUCGAGGAGGAGGUUGGCGAUGAGGAGGAGGAGGAGAAUGACGAGGAGGAGGAUAAUGACAAGGAGGAGGAGGACAACGAGGAGAAGGAUGAAGAGGAGGAGGAGGACGACGAGGACACGAUGAGAAGUAAUCUCAGAUGA